AAAUGGGGCUAUAGUAAUUGAUAAAUAAUCUUAAUUUAGUCUAUUAACUAAUACAACACGAAAAUGUCCAAAUUAUCUGCAGAACUGUUAAAAGUUUUCGUUUACGGAACACUCAAACGUGGUGAACCUAAUCAUCACUGGCUGACGCGUAACGAAAAUGGUAUUGCACGUUUUGUGGGUGAAGGUAUGACAGUGGAACGAUUUCCACUCGUUGUUGGUACCCGCUACAAUAUACCCUUCCUUUUGGAUAAACGUGGAACGGGUAACAAUAUUAAGGGAGAAAUUUACGAAGUCGAUGAGAAAAUGUUUGCAAACUUGGAUAUUUUGGAAGAUUAUCCGGUAUACUAUGAUCGGGAAAUACAAACAAUAACAUUGAAUAACAAUGAGAGUGUUCAGUGUUGGCUGUAUUUAAUACGUACAUUUCCCGAGAAACUAUUGCAGAAAGAACAUUUAGCGGCGUAUCACAAUACAAAAGAGAAACCAUAUAGAGAAAGGUCCGAACGUGAUAUAAAUAUUAAAGCUACUGAUGAUUUGUCAUAUUAAGUAUGAAAUGUACAUCACACAGCAAAGUCAACAGUUAUUUGGAUAGUAACAAAGAUGACAUGUAUGAAGAUGACGAAGCUCCUCCUAAACCUUAAUACGUUUAUUUAAGUAAAAAGUGCAAUUCCAUUAAUUCAAUGUUUAUUAACAUUUUGUUUACAUUUAAACAAUUUUUUUCUAUUUUCUAUUAUUUUUGCUUAAUAUGUUGCUUAUUUUUUUUGUUUACGUUUCCAUUUAUUUACCCGUUUUUUUCGUUUUUGUUAUUCCAUCAUUUUUAUUAAAUAAUACAAAUAAGAAAUAAGAAUUAGUUUUUUUAAAAAAAAGCGGGCUUUUUGUAUUCAUGUUUACAUUGUGAGAAGAAUGUUUAACAAAAAACUGGCAUUUUGCUUUUUAAAAUCAAUCAACAUAAUUUGCAAAAGAAAAAAUGUAUUGAAUUUCAGCAGAAUUAAAAUAAAAUUAAAUUUAAAUGUUGGUUUAAAAAAAAA